UCCAUCUCCCAGAGAGACACAGGCGCAAUGGCUGCUAGUUCUCCAGGAUUAUUCUGCUGUUGAACUGUACCUCAUUGCCAGGAAGCGGGCGCCAGAAGGUUCAAAGACAAGAUCCCGCUUCCUUAGGGCGACUUCUUCACCACCACAACCAAAGAAUCACAUGAUAUAAGGCGAGUGUACUUAACUCCUUUAGAACAAAGGAAAUUAACUUUUGAUACCCAUGCAUUGGUUCAGGACUUGGAAACUCAUGGAUUUGACAAAGCACAAGCAGAAACAAUUGUAUCAGCAUUUACCACUUUAUCAAAUGUCAGCUUGGACACUAUCUAUAAGGAGAUGGUCACGCAAGCUCAGCAGGAAAUAACAGUACAACAGCUAAUGGCCCAUUUGGACUCUAUCAGGAAAGACAUGGUCAUCCUAGAGAAAAGUGAAUUUGCAAAUCUGAGAGCAGACAAUGAGAAAAUGAAGAGUGAAUUAGAACAAGUUAAGCAACAAUUAAUAAAUGAAACCAGUCGAAUCAGAGCAGAUAAUAAACUGGAUAUCAACCUAGAAAGGAGCAGAGUAACAGAUAUGUUUACAGAUCAAGAAAAGAAACUUAUGGAAGCAACCACAGAAUUUACCAAAAAGGAUACCAUAACCAAUAGUAUUAUUUCAGAAACCAGUAAUAAAAUUGACACUGAAAUUGCUUCUUUAAAAACACUAAUGGAAUCUAACAAGCUUGAGACAAUUCGUUAUCUUGCAGCCUCAGUGUUCACUUGCCUGGCAAUAGCAUUGGGAUUUUACAGAUUCUGGAAAUAGCAGUGGAACAACUAUAUUAUGCUUCUACUACUGCUUCCAUUGACUUCUUAAAGCACUGAACUAGGAUAGAUUUACUUUGAACAUUGAAAGUUGUAGCAAAAUUUAAUACAACAAGAUUAUUCAAAGUACAUAUGGACUAAAAAUGUUUUAGAAUAAGAAAAUGUAGUUUGUGUUUUUAAUGUCUAUUUUAUUAUGUUGAAAAGCUGCCACUCAAAACCUGGUUAAUUUGA